AUGCCGCUGUUCAAGUCGCUCCUUCUUGCCUCGAUGUGCACAAUGGCGUGGGCCAAGUGCGAGGAUGGCGUGGAUAAUAUCAUCAAGUUCAGCGACACCACAAAAGGUCCGUCGCUUUCGCUUUUUUGCCGGACCGUUCUCGAACCGUUUUCAGGAAAGGGAGCGAUCGUUUUCACGGACUUUGAGGUGGCCACGUACGACGAGAACAAGGAGCCGGCGUGCAAGAAGGGAAAGCCAGAGUUUCGACUUCCGGGACACUUUAAACUGCACAAGGGUAAGGGGGUGAGGCGGGGUGCUAUAGUCUGACACAUAUUGUACCCCCUUUGACACAAACAACGGGUACGUAGGAGACGACACGUCACACCGCAGAGUUUGGAGCUUUCUGAUCGGAAAAGCGACAGAAAAAGAUGGGAAAGAAGGGCUUUCUAGACACUUUCAUGAGACUUGGAGGUUUUUUUGGCUUGAGGGUUCAUCAUGAAUCUCUUGAAACUUUUCUAAGACUUUCAAGGACUUCGCACGGACUUUUCUGCGACUUUGAGGUUCCCUAUACCAAGUCAAACCUCAUUCCAGGAUUCAUCACCGUCAACGAGGCGAUCACCGACGAGUCCAGCCUCGAAUUGGCGCUCAACGUCGAGAAGGACUCGUGGAUGAUCGGAAAAGUGUGCGAGAAUGGAAAGUCGCAAAACUCUUUCGUGCCGGAUCAACUUUGGUAAGCCCCCCUCCCCCCGACACUUUUCCACCCCAAUGUAUCGUUUUCAGCAAGUUCCAACUCUGCUCGAUCGCUCCGAGCGUCUGCGCGCUGCUCAAAGUCAAAACGUCGGGCUCGAUCGACGUGACGCCGUUCGUGCAGAAGGAGCCGAUCGAUAUCGGAGCGCUGCCGAUCCCGCAGCUCGGCGGCGACUGGAAGAUCGGAGCCAAGAUUGUGCACAACUCGAAGACGUUGGCCGGCGUGCAGAUUGGCAACGGCAAGAGCUGGCUGAGCAUCUACUCGCAGGAGGGCUCCGGCUCCAUCAACUACGACCCCGUCCCGCCAGCCACGCCCAACUUUGACCACAACGAACUCUAA